AUGGCCGCCUGGGCCAACUCGGCCGAGGUGCAGAAGCUCGCGCGAGCGCUGGCGGCUGCCGACGCCAAGCUCCGCCAGGCCCAGUCCAACGGCGGCGCGGGCGCCCCUGUCGAGGAUGAAGCCACAACCGACGAGAAGGCCAAACAGCGGCUGCGCCAGCUAGGCGGGCUGCUCAAGACGGCCAACUCCCGAGGCGACCCGCGCCGUCGCCAGGCCAAGGAAGCGAAGUCCGCCGUGCAGGCGGAGCUGCGCAGCAAGAUCGCGGCCGCUCGCCCCCUUGGCCAGCGGCUUCGAUAUGUGGUGGCGCAGAUCAACAACCAGGAUCGGAAACUCUCAGGCAUCCGCGGCCGACUGGCGCAGUUGCUGGAGCAAGAGGCUGCAGCCGGGCACAAGUUGGCGGAGCUUGACAAGCAGAUGGAGGAGCUGCAGAUGCAGCAGCGCGCGCUUCAGCGUGAAGUGCCCACGCCGCCUGGCGCCCCCACCGAGCCUGGGGCACGGCCUCUCGACGAACCCAUCAAGAGACUCAACGUCACGUUGAAAGGCCUCGGCGAGGUGAUGGGGGCGCUCGGUGCCGGGCACGCCUUCUCUGAGCGGCCACAGACGAGCCUGGGGCAGCUUCGCCGAGCGGGGGCCCGGGCGCGCGAGCAGCAACGUCUCGAUCGGGAGCGCGCGGGGGAAGCUCGCCGAGGGCGCGAGGCGGGGGCUGCUGAGCCGCAAGACAUCGACGUCGGCGACGACAUGGCGGAGGCUACAGGCGAGACCGCCGUCGUCGAGGAGAUGGCAGAGGCGGGGGGGGAUAAGCGAAAUAUCGAUUUCGUGCCGGCCAAGCAUGGGGCCAAGUACAAGCGGCAGAAGGCUCACGCUUAG